CAAAAUCGUCCAGGUCCGCCGUCUUCCGAAAGACUCGCUCUUGCCGGGGGAAGCUAAAAAGGUCUUCAGUUUAGUUUCUUUUUGCAUCUUAGAGAGGCCUUUCAUCGAAGAAGCGUCGGAUAUAGCGAGUUUGAAGUCGUCGCGGCGAGCUCUCAGCAACAGAGCGAGUUUCUUUUACGCAAUCUAAUUGGUCAAUUUGAACCUGCCGACGUCUAAACAUGGGUAAUAUUCUCUUGCACUGACACAAAGUCCUCAGGGGAGUCAAUGACUUGCCAGUGUCCACCUCCCCCGUAUUGGGCACUCCACCCCUCACUUCAACUGGUAUGGCACAGAGAGACUGGUCAGGAAACAUCUCGCUUCAGCUGCCAUCCCCACCUACAUAUACUACUUUCCACGCAGUCAUGCUACCUCUUCGUCUUCAUCUCUCCCCACCACUACCUCACAUAUCCCACCUCCACACCUCCCCCCACCUCCCCACCCUCCCUCUUCCCUCCUACCAUCUGGAUGUAAGCCACUCCCUGAUGUGUUCUCAGGGGUGGUGGCCUACCUCCAUGGCUAUGAGGGAGAUGAGGGGCUAAAGAGGGAGAGGGAGAGGUAUGUGGUGGCAUAUGACGGAGAUGUAACCAGUGACGUCACCGAUCUGACCACACAUAUCAUUGUCAGGACUGGUGCUCAGGUUCCUGAUCUGGAUUCAGAGAAGAGGAAAGCUGUGGUCGUAAAGGAACAGUGGAUUGAUGACUCUCUCAAUAGUGGAAGAAUGUUACCAAUUGACAACUACCUUAUCUGACUCAACAUAAAAUUUUCAAUGCACCUUUGUUAGCAAGAUAUACCAAUUAUAUAUUGUGCUUUUUUUUAAAUUUCGAGCCACCAUUGCAACCAAUGAUGGCCUCGUGCACGGCUGGGGGUGACCUGCGGGACCAGCUCACAUUUUACAACAGCUGCCUUAGUCAGGCUGGCCCAGAGGAAUUAUCAUUUCAGGCACGGCAGUGCGUGCUCACGGGAUCUGGACGCAAGUGCAC